AGUAUGUCAGGCUUAAAUAACGUUUAGAUUUUCGUCCGUUGGAAUAUAAAUAUAACUUACAUUUUACUUUUGAUUAUUUUUUUCCCAAAUAAAUCCUUUGUUUUUAUAAAGAUAUAUUGUAUGCUUUUUUAAGUACGACGAAUUAUCAAAUGGAUCUUAGCAGAAAGUAACCAACGUCUGAGAGCUUCAUCGGGGUCAGGAAACAUAAAACAUUUGACCUUAUUGAAGUAGGUCAAAUAUAUAUAAUAAAACUCUUGCAACAGUUCCAUUCAUAAUUUUAUAAUUAUUUAUAUCGGGUAACUAUAUGGUGGAGGAUUACCUAACUUCUGGACAAGAAGGAUGUCGAAUCCUUUGAAAGAUGCGCUAAACCAGCGGCGAGCAAAGAAUGAGUUACGUCUGGGCACAACCCAUGAUCCAAAGUACACCUUGGUUCUGGACCAUGACUGUACUACGCCCCCUGUUACUGUGAUUACCGGAACCGAACGUGAAUGUGAAGAUGUCAUCAAAAACAGCGUCAAGAAAACAGCAGACUUUAGGAGCUUUUACAGGCGACCAGAAGAACCAUCUCCAAGUGUACCCGAAGCUAUUAAGGAACAGGUGCAAAAUUUAUGCCCAUGUGACAAACGCUCCCAGAAGAAAUGUUUAACUAAACGGUUUCCUGUCUGGAGAAUAAUGAGGAAAUACAAAUGGCGUACAGAUUUGCCGAGCGAUAUAGUCUCGGGGCUAACUGUCGGGAUAAUGCAGCUUCCGCAAGGAAUGGCGUAUGCACUACUGGCAGAACUUCCACCUGUGGUUGGUCUCUACAUGGCGUUCUUCCCUGUACUCAUCUAUUUCAUCUUUGGUACAUCCAAACACAUUUCUAUGGGCACCGUAGCAUUAUGUAGCCUUCUCACUGGCUCUGUAAUAUCACGGUUCUACAACCCAACCUUUGCGUCCACCGUCCUAGGUACCAAUCUCACGAAUUCCUUGUCAGAUGCAGAAAGGAACAUAAGUACAGACCCCAGUGAUCCAAUAGAAGUAGAAUUACCAAAUCAUGUGAAAUUUGAUAUAGCGGCAUCUGUCUGUCUUCUAGUUGGUUUUGUGCAGCUUUUUAUGGGUAUAUUUCGUAUGGGUUUUAUCACCACUUACAUGUCCGACCCGAUGAUUGGUGGAUUUACGACCGGUGCCGCGGUGCAUGUUGGGACAAGUCAAGUGAAAUAUGUAUUUGGACUUCACAUUCCUCGUUCAGACGGGGUCUUCCAGAUCAUAAAGACGUAUGUCCUGAUAUUCCACCAUAUAGCAGAGACGAACGUCCCCACAUUGAUAAUGUCCCUGGUUUGCAUGGUGAUUAUAUACAUCAUAAAAGUGCAGAUAAACCAGAGAUUUAAAGCCAAGUUAAAGUUCCCAGUUCCUGUUGAACUUAUUGUAGUUGUGGCUGGAACGAUGACGUCAUAUUUCUUAAAUUUCUCCGAAAACUAUGGGAUGAAAAUUGUCGGUGAAAUACCUAGAGGUCUGCCAAAGCCUUCGAUACCCAGCCUACCUUCAACAAGUGUCUACACAGCAGAUGUGUUCAUUAUAGCAAUAGUCGCUUUUUCUCAAUGUGUGGGACUUGCCGCACUGAUGGCGAAAAAACAUGGUUACAGUUACGAUGCAAAUCAGGAACUGAUUGCUUACGGAGCUGGCAACAUAUUUGGAUCGUUUUUCUCGUGCUAUCCGUACGCUGCCUCUGUUUCAAGAAGUUCCGUGCAAGAAUCAGCUGGCGGUAAAACACAACUUGCCAGUGUGUUUUCAGCAACAUUAGUGCUGAUUGUGAUUGUCUCCAUUGGACCAUUGUUCCAGACAUUACCUAAUUGUGUACUAGCGUCUAUAAUCACUGUGGCUUUGCGAAGUUUAUUUCUACAAUUUCUAGAUCUUCCGAGGAUUUACAGAACUUCUGUUUAUGAUUUUUUGAUAUGGAUUGUAACAUUUCUCGCUGUUGUUGUGCUCCAUGUUGACUAUGGUAUUUUACUGGGCAUGUUGUUUUCAUUCUUCACUGUUGUCAUUCGCUCUCAGAGAACAAAGGCAGACAACCUAGAAAAACUUGAGGCAGUGCAACUUUACCAAGACAGUUCGAAAUUUAUACAGACAGGCUCAGUGUCGGGGGUAAGAAUAAUUGGGUAUAACUCACCUCUGUACUACGCCAACGGCUCGUUGUUUGUGAAGCAAGUGUAUACAUUGACCGGUGUGAUCCCUGAGAAAAAGAAGAGGCAGGCCAAGAGACAGCUGAAGGCUGAACGAAUCAGAAUGAGUCAGAAAAAUAGUACGGCUGCACUACUCCCGAACAUGAUGUCUACAGACGACAGUAGCAUGGACCGCAGCGACCUUAUCCGACAGACAAUUGCUUGCGCCUCUCUGAUGGAAGAUAACUUAUUACACCACAUUGUCCUUGACCUUUCCGGUGUUUCUUUCAUUGAUUCUGUUGGUGCUAAAGUUCUGAAACAGCUCGUGGAAGACUACCAGUCUGUGGAUGUUGAAGUUUUGUUUAGCAAUAUUAACGAUGAGGUAUGGAGAGUAAUGGAGGCUACAGAAUUUCUCAAGUCCUAUGAGGAACGAAUGUAUCUGACAACUGAUGAUGCAGUUGACGCCAUCAAUACAAAGAUGAAACAAGCGAACGAACUUGGGCUAAUAUUGAACAGGGGAAGUAGUAACCAAAUGGCGGAGGAAGAUGACGAAUUACUGACGACCAGAGUAUCUGUUAUAUGAAAAGAAUAUAGACCCUGGGUUAUACUAAAUCGGAAAAUGGAACAUUUUUGAUUUUGUGUGAGAAGCAACAGUAGUAGCAGUUUAAUAAAUCAAAAGCAACUAUCAGUCGAUUAACUGCAAAACAAUCAUCGACCGUCGAACUCGAGAAAAUCAUUUGAAAAAUGGUUGGAAGUGGAGAGAAUUCAUCUACAGACAGUUACUCGCACGUGCAAGAAUCAUUGACUAUGUAUUCCAGCUAUUUCCUGCGGAUAAUUUGCGUUAAUUGUGUAUGAAUUAAUACUAUUCCUUACUCGGAAUCGUUAAUCAGUCUAUUCAUCCAAAUCGGCGAAAACGGUUCAUGUCAAAACAUCCUGUUUUAAAGCCCUGGUCCGCGGCUAUUCAAAUUUUGAUGUGUGUAUGCAACCCAUGAUUACAAUAGGCAACAGUUAACGGCCACGCGCCACACUUUAGCAUGCAAAACCACAGGUAUUUUAUACAGAAUUUUAUAUAAAAUAGACUCUAUUUUGACAGGCGUCAUAGUCAGGAUUUUCAUGCUUUUUCAGUGACAGUUUAAGGUUAAAAGGUAAGAUUGGAGCAGGUCUUUAAGGUACACAAACACCAAAUAGAUAAACUGACGCGAAAAAAUGGUAAUCACAUAAAUGGCGGAUUCACGUUGUUCUCCGUUUACUUGCUCUGUAGAGCUAUUUUUCAUAAUUUCUUUGCAUUUUCUUCACAUUUAGGUAGCUUUUUCAUAAUGAAAUAAAAGUAUUACUGAUUUUUUUUCAUGGAAACUUAGGUCAUAUACCACCACUAUAAUCUGGGGUCUCAUUUUUAGCUGAUUUUACGGUAUCUUUUUUUGACUGAAACAAUUUUUUUCUUGCAUCAAACAUGACCCCACAAUUUUUUUCUUCAAAAAAAUGUAAGAUAUAGACAUUUAAAAUGGGUAUUGGUGUUUGCUGCAGCCAUUGGCAGUUUCUCAAUUUUAUAUUAGUGUGCUCAUGCCUUUAAACGACCGGAAACAUUAUAUAGAAUAUAAAAAGCGUAUUCUUGUUCUUGUUACUUCUACUGUACCAUAUUGAGUACAGAUGUUCUCUACAUGUAUCAACAACAGACGGAAUCCUACCAGUUUUAAUUACAGUACUACAGCGCGAGUAAUGUACGGAUCGAAGAGCAUAAGUGCCAGAUGCAUGUUAUUUAUUAACUUGACUCGGAAUAAUCGAAAACUCGAGAGGCCAACUCGAAAUUUUGAAAUACGUUACUCGAAAAUUCGAACUACCAAGUCAGUUAUUGAGUCAACAUUUUGGAUUUCGUAUCUCUAAAUUUCGAGUUAAUAAAUAACAUGUUUAUAGUAUGAAUGUUCUCCCGUAGAAAGGUUUGAACAGGAGACCCGUUUUAAAAUCAUCAUGGUCAAACAUGCAUCUAUAUAUUGUUAUACUAGAUAAAUAUAUGCAAAUUAAAAUGAAAAUUUUAAAGUCUGUGAUAUCAAAUACAUUUUAUUCUUGUAUUAGAUACAUAAUUAAAUAUAUAUGUAUUAAAAGUAGUCCAAAUCACAAAAUAUUACAAGUCACUUUUAUUUAUCACCAACCUUUCGGCUAUAUAUUUUAAUGCAUUCAUGCCCUGUUCUUUUCACUAUUUAUGAUUUGUUUUAGGUUUGUAUCGCAUUAUUAUUAUUGUAUUAUCUGGUCAAUAUUUGUUAUACAUGUAUUAUUAUUUAACUUGUACCAUCAGGAUAUGUUGGAGUUAUGCCGUUUCUCAAAACGAAGUGUGUUGCGACACCACCCACCCCUACAACACAAUUAAUAUUACUUCUGAAUCAAUCAUACCUUAAUAUUGACUGAUGUAAUUUAAUUUUACACGGUUAA